AUGGCACCCAUUUUGCCUACUUGUGUUUGUGGGAUGAAGACAGUAAUGAUAACUUCAUGGACUGCACAAAAUCCGGGAAGAAGAUUUGCCAAAUGCGCUUUGGGGGAGGAUGGCUGUGGCUAUUGGGGUUGGAUAGAUGAUGAAAUGCGCUCUCGAUCUACAAUGAUUAUACCUGGUCUACUCAGAAAGAUCAAUGGAAUGGAGGAAAAAAUGGUUGAAUUUGAAAAAACUGCAAGAAAGUGGGAAGCAAAAGCUGUGAAAUUGGAGGGUAAAAUGAAGCCACUUAAAAUUGAAAUUGCCAAGUACAAAUCAGCCAAUAAGCGACUCAUUCGAUGUGCAGUGUUGCCUUGGCUAAUAGUUGUCUUAGCAAUGUUUGUUAGGAGAAUAGAUAAUUCUGGUGGCAUGCUACAAAUUUGUGGCAUCGUUGAAAAUCACUGA